AUGAGUGCGAUUGUUGGAGCCGCCAAUGCAAUAGGUGGAGCCGCCGUUUCGGCCGCCAGCAGUGUCGGAUGGUUCGUGCCGGUGCUGGUCGCCGCUAUUGCCUACUUCCAGUAUGAAGAUCUCAUGGAUCCCGAGUCGAGACCCAUCGAUAUCUCGACGUCCAACAUGCUGGAUGAGUACGAUUUCAUAGUAAUAGGAGCGGGAUCGGCGGGAGCUGUAAUAGCCAACCGACUGACUGAGGUGGAGAACUGGAAUGUAUUGCUUCUCGAGGCUGGCGGAGACGAGACGGAGAUCUCUGAUGUGCCGCUGAUGGCGGGAUAUUUGCAGCUAAGCAAAUUGGAUUGGAAAUACAAGACAGAACCUCAAGGAACUUCCUGCUUAGCAAUGCAGGGCGGAAGAUGCAAUUGGCCACGAGGGAAAGUCAUCGGUGGAUCGAGUGUGCUCAAUUACAUGCUCUACUUGCGUGGCAAUAAGAAGGACUACGACGCCUGGGAGACACUAGGGAAUCCUGGCUGGGGCUACAAGGAUGCCCUGUACUAUUUCAAGAAGUCCGAAGACAACACAAAUCCCUACUUGACAAACACACCUUAUCACUCAACUGGCGGCUACUUAACCGUGGGCGAAGCUCCUUAUCACACGCCUUUGGCUGCCGCUUUCGUGGAGGCCGGAGUCGAGAUGGGAUACGACAAUAGGGACAUAAAUGGAGAGAAGCAGACAGGAUUUAUGAUAGCCCAGGGCACAACGAGGCGAGGAAGUCGAUGCAGCACUGGGAAAGCCUUCCUGAGACCGGCGCGUCUCCGGCCAAAUCUCCACGUCGCUAUGUAUUCUCACGUGACCAGAGUGAUGAUCGAUCCGGUGAGCAAGAUCGCCUUUGGGGUGGAAUUCAUCAGAAACAGGAAAGUUCACUACGUCAGAGCGCUGAAGGAAGUCAUCCUCUCAGCAGGAGCCGUGAAUUCUCCCCAAGUUCUCAUGCUGUCCGGCAUUGGACCGAAGGCUGAACUGCAGAAGCAUCGAAUUCCUGUCAUUCAGGACCUUCAAGUGGGCGAGAAUCUGCAGGAUCACAUAGGUUUGGGUGGAUUGACUUUCCUGGUCAAUCAACCUGUGGCUAUUAUAGAGAAUCGUCUCCACUCCAUGUCAACAGUUCUGCAAUACGCAGUGUUUGGCCAAGGACCUCUUACGAUCCUAGGAGGCGUUGAAGGACUCGCGUUCGUCAACACCAAACACGCCAAUGCAACAGACGAUUAUCCGGAUAUUGAGUUUCACUUUGUUUCCGGAUCAACAAACUCAGAUGGCGGAGUUCAGUUGCGAAAAGCUCAUGGCUUAACUGAAGCUUUCUAUGAUUAUGUCUUCGGGCCGAUCAAUAAUAAGGACUCUUGGAGCAUUAUUCCCAUGCUGUUGCGGCCCAAGAGUGUGGGAACAAUCAAGCUGAGGAGCAACAAUCCCUUCGACUAUCCCUACAUCUAUCCCAACUACUUCAAGGACGAUUUCGACAUGAAAACCCUCGUGGAGGGUGUGAAAAUUGCCGUGGCACUGUCACGAACGCAAUCCAUGCAGAGAUUUGGCUCUCAAUUGGCCGCGUUCAACUUCCCCGGAUGUCUGCACAUCAAGAUGUUCACAGACGCGUAUUGGGAGUGCAUGAUCAGGCACUACUCCGUGACCAUCUACCACCCUGUGGGCACGUGCAAGAUGGGCCCGUACUGGGACAGGACGGCAGUGGUGGAUCCGCAGCUGCGCGUCUACGGCAUCCGCGGCUUGAGGGUGAUUGACGCCAGCAUCAUGCCAAAACUUGUGAGUGCCAAUACGAAUGCCCCAACGAUCAUGAUUGCUGAAAAGGGCGCCGACAUGGUGAAGGACUUCUGGAUAAAACGUAGCCAAAUGUUGUAGCGCGCGAAGAGCUUCCGUUUGAGACGCUGUGUGAAUUGUGAUAUCAAGCUACAAGAGAAAUGCGCCAUUCUUGUAUAAAUUCUGUGGCUGAAAUACGACUUCAAAGUGAAGAGAGAAAGAGGGUUUUUUUUUCUUGUGUAAUACUUCAACAAAGGCUGACUGAGAAGAGCACUAUUUAAGCAGAAUGUGGUAUUUUUGUCACUGACACUGAAGACAAAUUAUGAAAAAUAUUGCCACUGAGGCAAUGACAAAACCUAUUGUAGAAAAUAAAUAU